UCGGACGAAGGAUGUGGCUCCGGCUCCUCACUGGCCUGUGUCACUGUGCCUGCGAGCCGCCGCAUGUUAUGCCCCGGCUGCGCCUUUGGUUGCCACGGGUCUUCCUCACGUGGCAACGACUGUGGCUUCUAAUCCAGGCAGUUCAGCCUCCGGAGUGGGCCCUGGACCCCGUCCAGGUGACCCCCAACACCGCAUGGCUGACCGAGGCUUGGUCUUCACACGCCUCAGACCCCCCUCCCAAAUUGCCCCAUGCCCUUACACCCCUGGCAGAGGCCGGGGGCUUUAAUUACUUGACGUCCUCGUCUCCAGUCCAGAUGUUGGCCCUGCCUCAUCAGGAGUUGCCUGAGACUGAGUUUCCAUUCCCGGACACGGAUUCGGUUGGAGAGCUGCCGACAGGGCCAGGUCAGUUUGCUGUUCCACAUCAAGAUCUGAAUAACAAGCAAACCCAACAUCAAAAGCUCCCAGAGGCGGUUCCAGUGCUCGACUGGCGUCAGAAUCAGCCGUUGGUUCUGCCUUCUCGACACAAAAGUAAGACUAAACACAUACGUGUAGAUCAGGCUGAAGAUCGCCGAUCAUUUGCAAUACUUGUUCCACCUCUAGGUAGUAAGAGCUCAAAACCAAUGAAGUUUAUUGUUUCACCCCCAAACCCGAAGAAACAUCUAGUUCAGCAUCAACAGCUUGCCAAAGUUGUUUUGCAGGUUGAUUAUUUAGAUCCCAGUAUGGAUGCCUUUUAUCCUGAGGAGAGCCUACCUAGGGAUUUUCUGGGGAGCCCCGAUGAACCUCCAGAGCUCCCUGAGGAAGCUGAAAUUUCUCCAGCCCAGCAUGAGGCCCAAAUUCGUCAUCCAGUGCUGACUGAGGAGGCUGAAUCUUUACCCCAGCAAGAGGCCCCUGCUCAGCAUCCACAGACCCCUGAGGAGGUUAAAUCUUUUUCACCCCAGGCAGUGGCCCAGGCUCAGCAUCCAGAGCCCACUGAAGAGGUAGAAACACCUCCACUUCAGCAGGAGGCUCCAUCUCAGCCUUCAGAGGGCCCUGAGGAACUAGAAACUUCAAGUCCUCAGGAGGCCUUCGCCCAGCCUUUCGAGACACUUAAGGAGGUUGUAGUUCGACCAGUAGCACAUCAUGGGGUAAAUGAAGCUCAGCAGUCAAACUUGUACAAUGUCACUGUUAAACCUCUGGAUCUGGCACUUACCAUAACUCCACAGGUAACUAAAGAGGUUGAACCUUCUGCAGUCCAGCAGGAGGCUCUAUCUCAGCCUCCAGAGAGCCCUGAGGAGGUUGAACCUUGUUCAACCCAGCAGGAGCCCACAGGUCAGCGUCCAGAGCCUCUUGUGGAAGCUGAGACUUCUCCAAGUGAAAGGGAACAACCGACUCAGCCUUCUGAGCCUACAGAGCCUCCUGAGGAGGUGAAACCAGCAACCCAGCAGGAGAUCCCAGCUCAGCUUUCAGAAUCGUUUGGAGAAGCUGAAAUUUCUGCAACCCAGGAGGAAGCCACAGCUCAGUCUCCAGAGCCCCCUCAUGAGCCAGCGGAGAUAGAACCUUCUGCAACCCUGCAGGAGCAACCAGCUCAGCCCCUAGAGCCUUCUUCAGGGCAGGUGGAACCUUCUCCAACUCAACAAGAACGGCCAGCUCAAGCUUCAGAGCAUCACGAAAUGACAGUUUCACCUCCAAGUCACCGUCAUGCUCAGCAUUCAAACUUAUCCAGUGUCGCUGUCAAACCUGCAGAUGUGGAGCUUACCAUAACAAAAGAACCCACUCCGGAGGUGGGACCUUCUCCAAAUCAGCACAAGCCUUCAGCUCAGCCCUCACAUGAGGCCCCCACGCUGCCUUCACAGCCACCUGAGGAGGUUGAACCUUUGCCAGUUGAACAGGAGGCUCCAGCCCAAUCUCCAGAAGCCGAUCAGCAUCCACCAACUCCUGAGGUUGUACUUUCUCCACCUCAACAGGAAGCCACAGCUCAGCAUCCAGAGUCUCUUGGUGAGGUUGAAUCCUCUCCAACUCAGUCUCCAGAGCUCUCUAAUGUGUCUGUAGUUUUCUCUCCACAGCAUCAUGUGACAACAGUUUCUCCUCUAGGUCAGGAUCAAGCUCAGCUUCUGCAGCGGCCCGAUGUCACUGUUAAACCUGUGGAACUUGCACUUAUCGUAACUCCAGCAUUCACUAAUGAGGUUGAAACUUCUCCACCCCAACAAGAAACCUUGGCUCCUUUUCCAGUGUCCCCUGAGCAGUUGGAACCUUUGUCAGUCCAGCAAGAGGUUUCAGAUCAGCAUCCAACCCCCUCUGAAAAUGUUGAACCUUCUCCAGUUCAGCAGGGAGCCCCCUCUCAACCAACAUACUCCAAGGUGACAUUUCCAAAUCCAGAGCAAGUUCAGGCUCAGCAUCCAACCUUGACUGAGGUCGCAAUUCAACCUUUGGACCUUGAACUGACCAUAAGGCCAGAACCCAUUAAGGAAGGUGAACCUUCUCCACCCAUGCAGGAGACCUUAACCCAGCCUCCAGAACCACUUAAGGAGGUUUUUGUAGCUCAGCCUCCAGUAUAUCAGAACCCAAUAGUUCCAACACCAGUGCAGGAUCACACCGAGCCUCCAACAUCACCCAGUGUCAGAGUUCAACCUUUAGACCAGGGGCUUACCACAACUCCAGAACCUACUAUGGAGGCUGAACAUUCCACACCCUUGCAGGAGGCUAUAGUUCCUCCAACACACCCUGAGGUGACACUUCCUAAUCCAGAGCAAGUUCAGGCUCAGCAUCCAACCUGGACUGAGGUCACAGUUCAACCUCUGCACCUGGAACUUACGUUAACUCUGGAAUCCAGUAUGGAGGUUGAACCUUCUCCAAUCAUGCAGCAGACCCAGGCUUAGCCUCCAGAGCUCAUUAAGGAAGUUGUAGCUCAGUCUCCAUUGUAUCCCGAGGUGACAGUUCCAGCAGCAGGUCAGGAUCAUGCUGAGCAUCCAACAUCACCCAGUAUCACAGUUAAACCUUUGGACCUGGAGCUUACCACAACUCCAGAACCUACUACAGAGUCUGAACAUUUUACAGAGCAACAGACUACAGCUCCCCCUCCACAACACCCUGAGAUGACACUUGCACAACCAAACCUGACUCAAGUCACAGUUCCACCUGUGGACCUGGGAGUUAACAUAUCUCAGCAACCAAGGCCAAUCUGAGACAGUUCUUUUUCCUUCCACUCAGUAUCCACAGGUCUUCCUGGUGUAAAAUAUACUCCAGAAAAGAAGCAGCCAGAACAGAAUGCCACCACAAAUAUCAGAAUAUGUGAGCUCUGCACUUGCAAAAAUGAGAUGCUGUCAUGUGUUGGUCUCAGCCCAAAGCAGAAGCUCCACAGAGUGCCUGAGCCAGAGCCUAAUGCCUACAACGGCACCUUCACCAUCAUAAAUUUCCAAGGAAACUCUAUUUCUUACAUUGAUGAAAGUAUAUGGAAGGCUUACCGCUGGACUGAGAAGCUAAUUCUCAGUGAAAAUUAUUUGACUGAAUUACAUAAGGACUCAUUUGAAGGCUUGCUAUCUCUCCAAUAUUUAGAUUUAUCCUGCAAUAAAAUACAGUCUAUCGAAAAACGUACAUUUGAACCACUACCUUUUUUGCAGUUUAUAAAUCUUGGUUGCAAUUUACUCACAGAACUGAGCUUUGGAACGUUCCAGGCCUGGCAUGGAAUGCAGUUUUUACACAAGUUAAUUCUCAGUCGUAAUCCUUUGACAACAGUUGAAGAUUCUUAUCUUUUUAACUUGCCAGCUUUAAAAUAUUUAGACAUGGGAACCACACAAGUGUCACUUACAACAAUUGAAAGCAUCCUCAUGAUGACCCUUCAAUUGGAAAAACUGAUUUUACCUAACCAUAUGUUCUGCUGCCUCUGCCAAUUUAAAAAUACUAUUGAGGUUUUCUGGAAGACAGUCAAGCUGCGUUGUGACAGUGAAUGCCUGAUACAUACGACACAUUGUGAUGAAGAAACAUCUAUAAGGAAUGCCGGAGGAUCGUUGAUGAAGGUGUUACAAGCCCGGAAGAACAAGAGCACCAAGCUGACUAUUGAGUCAGAGAGGGCAUCCUCAGAUAAAAGUGUUAAGUUGUCAGUCUUCAUUAAUGAGCAGCUGGAGUUUAAUUAAAACAGUAAUAUCAUUAGUUCACUAAAUAACAUACUGCCUUCUAUCUCAGAGGGAAAUCUAGGAGAUGUGGAAUCAACAUUAUUACCAUUCAUUCAACUUCUUUUUUCAAAUAACAGCCUAGCAAAGAUUAAGAGUACAGAGGAAAAGCUGUUGAGAGUGAACAGGUUUCUCAAGGGCCCAAGGGGCAUACAGAAAAUGCACCUCAGAAUUUAUUCUCAUAGAAUUGCAAAAGAGGAAGAUAAAUCAAGAAGCAGAAGGGGCUCUUUACGAUUUCUGCUGCAUAAGAGAAGCUCAAGGGAAAAUGAGAAUCAGGAGGACUUUUUCAGGAGAACGCAGCCACUUUGGCUUAGGGAUAUGUAUAGGCCUCUCAACGCCACACGCAGGAAAAACAUGGCACAAAAGUUACGCGACAGCGAAUCUGCUGAUGAGGAUGAGAUAUUCUCUAAGGAUGCAGGGGAAGUCAUCAAAGCCCCAGCAGACAAGCUUCGGGAUGCAUAUUGGGUUGAAAAAGAGGCGGGUGAGGACAGUGAGACAGCACACGAGACUGUCACAGGGUGA